AUGGCGUUCAUUCAAGCGCGGCUUCGCAGCACAGGUGACCUGGACGUGGCCGUGGUUUCCGGCGUGCGUGGUGGCGGCGGCGGCGAGAUGGCGGCUACCACCAACAAAGAUGGCUACAUGGUGCUGCCUGUGGGCGAGGAGGUGCCGCUCCUGCUGCUGGGUUUCAACUUUACGGAGCGCACGCGCAUCACGCUUACGACUGAGAGGGCGACCCGUGGAGUCCUGUGCCGCGAGCACGCUCUCCUCGACACGUGGGAGCUGCAACCGCUCCACGGUGGCCUCGCGGCGCGCAUCAGCCUCAAGCUUCCCCGUGCGGCCGAGUACUACCUCUGCGUGUCAUUCUCCGGUCGCUGGGUGCACCAAGGCGGCCACCCGCUCGUCACCAUAGCGGGCGAGACCCUGCUGGUUCCCGUGUGGAUCAACCUGGUGCUCAUCGUCAUGCUACUCGUCUGGUCCGGCCUCUUCAGCGGACUGACGCUCGGCCUGAUGGCACUCGACAAGACUGAGCUACAAGUGAUUGAGUCGUGCGGCACUCCCGAGGAACGCGACUACGCGCGAAAAAUACUGCCGCUGCGGCGCCGCGGAAACUACUUGCUCUGCACGCUGGUGCUGGGCAAUGUGUGCGUCAAUAGUAGCUUCACCAUUCUCCUGGACGGCAUGCUGAGCUCAGGACCGGGGGCAGUACUCCUGUCCACAUUAGGCAUUGUUUUGAUGGGAGAGAUCAUUCCGCAGGCCAUCUGCUCUAGAUAUGGACUCGCCAUUGGUGCGCGGACAAUACUGAUAACCAAAUUGUUUAUGAUAAUCACGUUUCCUUUGUCAUGGCCAAUAUCCAAGCUGCUCGACUUUGUGCUUGGAGAGGAGAUCGGUAAUGUCUUUGACCGCGAGAAACUCACCGAAUAUCUUCGAAUCACCAAGGAUUACGCGCAACUUGAGAACGAAGAACUGAACAUCAUCUUCGGUGCUCUGGAGCUGACGAAGAAAACGGCAGCUGACAUUAUGACGCGCAUCGAAGACGUGUACAUGCUCCCGUACGACGCUGUGCUCGACUUUGAGACCAUGAGUGAAAUCGUAAAGCGCGGCUACACGCGCAUUCCCGUCUAUGAAGACACCAAGCAGAACAUAGUGUCCCUCCUCAACACCAAGGACUUGACGUUCGUCGACCCCGAUGACGCCAUUCCACUGGCCACGGUGUGCAGCUUCUACAAGCACCCAUUGAGCUUCGUAUUCGAGGACGAGACCCUCGACUCGCUGCUGCGCGAGUUCAAGAAGGGCCACUCGCACAUGGCAUUCGUGCGACAGCUGGUGCAGGCUGAAAACCGCGACCCCUCUUACCACGUGACGGGCCUCGUGACCCUCGAGGACGUCAUUGAAGAGAUCAUCCAGUCAGAGAUCAUCGACGAAACCGACGUGCUAACCGACAACCGGCGCAAGCAGCGGCGCAAGGACGCUCAGCUGCUGCAGGACUUCAGUGACUUCCUCAAGAUCGGCAGUGGCCAGCAGGGCAAGAACGUGGUCUCGUCCCAGCUGGCUUUCGCCACCUUCCAGUUCCUGAGCACGGCCGUGCGCGCCUUCACUUCCGAGUUUGUGACUCCCCCUGUGCUGCGCCGUCUCAUGGCGCAGAACAUUUUCUUCACGAUCCGGCCGUCGACCGGCAAGAACAUCUUCGAUGCCGGCAAGCUGUGCGACUACUUUACCGUCGUCCUCGAGGGACGCGUACGCGUCACGGUUGGCAAGGAGAACCUGGUGUUCGAGGCCGGGCCCUUCUCCUACUUCGGCUUGCCCGUUCUCACCUCCGAGAGGGGCACUUUCGUGCCGGACUACACGGUCACGCCGCUGUCGUACGUGAUCUUUUUGAAAAUCAGCCACAGCGUGUAUAUGGCUGCCCUGCGCGCGUCGCGCAUGACAAAGAUUGAGGAGCCACCCAAUGCGAACGUGCAAGAGCCCGUCGCGCGAACGGACAAGCAGACGACAGUGAACAGUAGAGGCGUCAAGCCAACGACGCCGGCCGCGGCCGCGUGGUCCAAGCCGGCCAACGCGUGAGCCCUUUAUUA